AUGGCCUCCUUCGCACCCCUCCGCAGCGGCCUCCGCAGCGGCCUCCAAUCCCUCACAACACCAGCCACCACCAUGACCACCACGACAACCCGCUCCCUCUCCACAACAGCGCCCCUCGCCGCCCGCAAAGCCGCCGCAAUCAACACCCCAGAAUACGGCAACCGCAUAGCAAACAUCCGCCAGCACCUCUUCGCCGAGGCUCCCCCCCCGCUCCGCAUGGCCCGCAACCGCCACCUCCGCCACUGGACAAUCCACCGCGCCUGGCUCCUCCUCCAGCGCCAGCAGCGCGAGGCCCGCGAGAGGGAGCUCCUCCGCCUCCAGCAGAGCAUGUACGUCGCCAACGAGCAGCUCCGCACCACCGCCGGCCCCGGAACCAGGGAGGAGGGCUGGCUGUACCGCGUCGCCCAGGAGAAGAAGGGCGUCUACGGACCCAAUGCUGUGCCCAUCGAGUACGCGCGUUACCAGAGCGAGACACCUGCCCGACAGGCGUGGAACCACGAAUGGAAGCGGUAG